AUGUUCACUUCCAGGCACCCCGAGGAUCAGUUCCGCCUGCGCAUGCACCGCGCACGGAGCGUGGAGCUCAGCAACGACGAACUCGUCGAGAUUCGUGCUGCCCAGAGGACAUUCGAGGGCGCAUACAUCCGAACGUCUCUAUCCCAGUUCUCCUUCGCGCUUGUCGUCCUCAAGAUCUUCACCUCCGAGUUCUAUAGCAUAGGAGCAUUGUUCGCGGUCUACGGUGCAGGAGUGCUCUUGGUCAGUGCGUAUCGCAGACAGCAGGGGAACAAACAAUUCUUCGACGAGGUCGGCGACGAUGGACUGGGCAGAAAGAGAUUCAGAACUAGUGGGAACGUGGUGGUCGUAUUGACGGCCUUGAGCGUGGCGGCGUAUAUCACGUUGUUGGUCCUGACAUUGAAGCUGGGAGAUUGA